AUCCUGGAAAAAAUGGCGACGAGUAUACUGCGGCUCCCACUGCGACUUUCCACCAGAAAUAUGGGGAUAAUGAGCCGUAACACCGGCUUGAAAACAUCAAACAUAUCGAGGGCGACUCAAACCAGGACCGCAGUAUCAACGGCGUCGGGGGCAAUCUUACCAAAACCGGAUAAAACACCAUUUGGUCUUAUCCGCAUGACAAUUGUGGUGGUGCCUUUCCUGUAUGUGGGAACUCUGAUCAGCAAGAACUUUGCCGCUCUCCUGGAGGAGCAUGAUAUCUUUGUCCCUGAGGACGAUGAUGACGAUGACUGAGCUAACUUCAGAAAAGAGAAGAGUGCAUACCAGCUGGCACAAGGAAGAUGAAGAGAGAUGGGGCAUUUGACCUCCAAGUACAUCCGUUUACCUCCACCCAUCUCCUUCCUCUCUCCGCUGCUGUUUGUGUUGUUUUCACUAAAUUCAUUUUUUCGAAAUCUCAUAUCAUGUGAGGCUGUCAGACCUACUUCUGACGCCUUCACUCUUGUUUGCAUGUUUCUGUAUGUGACUCAAUAAACUGAGUCGAUUACAAAUGGAUUAAAAUGUUAUUUAAUCUGAA